AUGGGACACACUUUGCUUGGUGUGCUGGGCUUUUUCUCGUUGAAUAUUCUCUUCUACUGCGGACAUGCUCAAGACGUUUUGCUGACCAUUGAGCCAAACUGGUCCACUGUAUUUACUGGAGAGUCUGUUACCUUUAUGUGUGACACGAGGGGAGAAAAAGGUGACAACUGGUAUUACUCAAUCUACAGGGGUGAUCAAGAAUUUAUCACAAACAACGACAGGAAGAAUCAUACAGAACAACUCCUAACUACAGGCUUCAGCGGUGAAUACCAGUGCCGUGCUCACAUUAGGGGCUCAACAAUAAGGAGUAAUAAAGUCUCUCUAACUGUAUCAGACAAAGAUGUGAUCCUGGAAACUCCUGCGUCCUCUCUGUUUGAAGGAGAAUCAGUGACUCUGGGCUGUCGGCAUCGUGACCCAACAAAGAAUAAGAACGCUGUUUUCUACAAAGACGGAUCUGCUGUUGAAAUGGACACAAACCUUCAGUCACAGAUGAUGAAAAACACAGUUCAAGUGAUAUCAAACAGGAGCUCAAGUUACAUGUGUAAAUUUGGGGAUGAAGAAUCUGAACCAAUACAACUGAAAAUGGAACAACCUGAACCUGUCCUCACUGUGUCUCCAUCAUGGCUGAGUCCUGGAGACUCAGUGACUCUGAACUGCAGAGUUAAACAUCCAUCAGCAGGAUGGAGGUUCUCCUGGUAUAAGGCUGUUCCCAAACCAUCAGACAACUCCUACAGCUAUGAGCUGCUACCUGACAGCACCACUGGGACUGAACAGGAUUCUUACAUCGUCCAUGGACAAACACACACAGCAGGAUAUGUGUGCAGAGCUGGAAGAGGAGAUCCAGUUUAUCACACUGAUUACAGUCAACCUCAGUUUGUCUGGUCUGGAGAUUUUGGUUCCUCAGCGUCUCUCACAGUGAGUCCUGACAGAGUGCAACACUUCACCUCUGACUCUGUGUCACUGAGCUGUGAGGGAAACUCUACUGAGUGGAGAGUGAGGAGGUUUACUGAUGGCUACCUGUCAAACUGCUCCAUCUGGGGGACAAUGACUGGACCCACAUGCAAAGUGGAUAAAUACUUGUCAAGUGGAGUGUACUGGUGUGAAUCUGGAACAGGAGAGUUCAGCAAUGCCGUCAACAUCACCCUCACAUACGAGAAUAUCAUCCUGCUGAGUCCUGUCCGUCCUGUGACUGAAGGACGUUCUGUCACUCUCGGCUGCAAGCUGAAGACACAAAAUUAUAUUUAUAAUGUGGUUUUCUAUAAAAAUGGCAAAAUCAUCCAAAAUGACACGAGAGGAGAGCUGAUUAUCUCUGCAGUGUCAAAGUCUGAUGAAGGCUUUUAUAACUGUAAAGGAGAUAAUUCACCACAAGGCUGGAGUGUGACGUCACGAGAGAGCUGGAUGUCAGUAAAAUCAGCGUCCAGGCCUGAAAACAACCCUCCAUUUCCUGUGCUGUUGGUUGUUGGGCUGGUUGGUGGAGUUUUACUGAUUAUUCUCCUGCUGCUGUUUCUGUUGCUGUGUUGUUACAGAAAGUCAAAAGACUCCUGCUUUAACAGGUCUCAGAGAUCCAAUCAGAGCCCUGCUACAGACCAGGAUGGAUCUCAACACACAGGAUGUGCCUCUACUCUUCAAGGUGAUGUUUGCCACUAUGAAUCAAUCAAAGACAUAAAUGAAACUGAAAAUGAUAAAUCCAGGGAUGCAACCUAUUCUGUGAUUGAACUUAAAAACAUGAGGAAGGAUGAUGAAGCCCACCAGAACGCUCUUUACUGUGGAGAUGGCAUCAGCUGCAGAUGAUAACCUGACGUAUGCCCAGGUACACACCAAAAUGAACGCAGAGAAAG